CGUAUAGUGCAUUUAUAGUGAUAGUGACAAUCCGGUAGAUGCGGCUUACAUAUUAAGACAGAAUCAAUUUCAUUUGUCAAAAGAAGUUUACAGUUAAACAAUUUGUAAAUUUUAGUUUAAUUUUCAUUUCAUGCACCACUGAUGUGAUAUAAAAUGUUCACCCUCCAAAAUCAAAAUCAGGCCUUAUGUACACUUUCGCAAUUUCCUGCAAUUCUUAUUCCCCGUCAUAGCGCUUAUUUACUUAAAAAAAAUUGGAAACAGAUUCGAAAUGAAUCUAAAACUAAAGAAGAUAUUCUCUGCUUAAACAGUUUUGUAGAGUGUGCAAAAAAUCUUCAUCCUUCAAUUGCAAAACAUGUUAAACCUAAGGACCUUUAUGAAAAUCAUUUUCUACACAGAACGUCAUACAUUUCAAGUAACAGCUUUUUUGAAAAUAAACAUGGUUUUUCAGAGAAAGAACUUAACAAAGAAUUACCAAAUCAGACUGACAAGUCGAAAACUAUUGUAUUUACAACAACUAACUUGUACAAGAAACUAACACACCAAUUUAGACAUGAAAGGAGUCCAGUUUUUGCUGUGCAAGUGCGUGGUUUUAAAACAGAAAGAAAUGUUAAAGCUGAAGAAGAACGAAAUCCUUCACUAAUUCUUCGCAUAAAAAAUGCUCUCAAAACUACAUCAGAAACUUCUAAAAUGAAUUUGAAAACCAAGUUAGAAAGUAAUCAAGAAAACUUUAAAAAUAUUCUAGCAAUUGAUGAUCAAACUUUACCAGAAUCAGACAAACAGAAAUUGAAGGUUGCCUUUGCUGAAGGCUAUUUACUAGGAACUGGUAAUCCUUCUUCAUCCAAAACAGGAAAGACAUCAAAAUAUUUAAAAGUUGUACAGCAAGUGCUUACAAUUGUUAUUUUCUUGGCUAUUGUUAUUAGUUUAAUGGCUAAUGCAAAUGGUUCAAUGUUUAAAAUUCAGUUAGGAAGUCAAAUAGAAGUAGAUCCUGAAGAUAUACAUGUUACAUUUGAUGAUGUUAAGGGAGCAGAUGAAGCUAAACAAGAAUUAAAAGAAAUUGUAGAAUUUCUGAAAAAUCCAGAAAAGUUUGCCAAUUUAGGUGGGAAAUUGCCAAAGGGUGUUCUCUUAGUUGGUCCCCCAGGAACUGGUAAAACCCUUUUGGCAAGGGCAGUCGCAGGGGAAGCAGGUGUUCCAUUUUUUAACGCUGCUGGUCCAGAAUUUGAUGAAAUACUUGUUGGACAAGGAGCAAGAAGAGUUCGUGAUUUAUUUAAAGCUGCAAAGGAGCGUGCUCCAUGUGUCAUCUUUAUUGACGAAAUCGACUCUGUGGGAGCUAAACGUACAAAUAGCGUUUUGCAUCCUUACGCCAAUCAAACAAUCAAUCAGUUAUUGAGCGAAAUGGACGGUUUUCAUCAAAAUGAAGGAGUCAUUGUGCUAGGAGCUACUAAUCGAAGAGAUGAUUUGGAUCAAGCGUUAUUACGACCCGGCAGAUUCGAUUUAGAAGUGACUGUUCCUACUCCAGAUUAUGUUGGACGAAAGGAAAUUUUAGGCUUAUACUUGGGUAAAGUUAUGGCUAAAGAGAUAGACGUUGACAUGUUAGCCAGGGGUACAACAGGAUUUACGGGAGCGGAUCUGGAAAAUAUGGUUAAUCAAGCGGCAUUAAGAGCAGCUAUCGAUGGCGCAGACAGUGUGAGUAUGAAAUAUUUGGAAUCCGCACGGGAUAAAGUGUUGAUGGGACCAGAGCGUCGUUCACGCAUCCCCGACGAAGAGGCAAACACGAUCACAGCCUACCAUGAGGGCGGACAUGCAAUCGUCGCAUACUACACGAAAGACAGUCAUCCACUGCACAAGGUGACGAUAAUACCUCGCGGUCCCAGUUUAGGGCAUACCGCUUACAUUCCUGAAAAAGAACGCUAUCAUGUGACCAAAUCGCAGCUGAUAGCUAUGAUGGACACUAUGAUGGGAGGUCGUGCUGCCGAGGAACUAGUUUUUGGAAACGACAAAAUUACUUCUGGAGCCAGUUCUGACCUAAAACAAGCAACGCAAAUUGCCACACAUAUGGUUAAAGACUGGGGAAUGUCAGAAAAAGUCGGCCUACGCACUUUCCCCGAAAGUAGUAAACCCUUUAUCAAUGAACCGUUGGGUCCUUCUACUAACGAAAUGGUUGACAGUGAAAUUAGGAGAAUUUUAACAGAAAGUUAUGAUAGAGCCAAAACAAUAUUAAAAACUCAUUCUAAGGAACACAAAGCCUUAGCUGAAGCUCUUCUGAAAUACGAAACAUUAGAUGCCGAGGAGAUUAAAAUGAUAAUGAGAGGCGGUUCACCAAAAGUGGAUGUCACCACGUAGUGUCUACAUAAAGUUAAGGAAACAACAAAAGUACGGUAAGCUGAUAAUUUAAUUAAAAGGCCUGGUUUUAAAAAUUGUUUUUGAUAUCCAAAUAUAUCAAUAUCAUCUGGCGUUUAAGAACACUAUUUUUGUUCAUUGUAUUUAAUGCUGGUUAAGAAAAUAAUGAAAAUAAAACCCAUUCGCCAAC